GUACGGUAUCCGCACAAGCAGACCGUGAUGUGGCCAGCAGCUGCACACGUGGGACAAGAGGCCCUUCAAGUUUACAUAGCACACCCAUAUCACCUAAGCUACUGGAAGGCACAGUGUACGGCGAGCCCCCUGAUGUCACUUCCGGUGGGCCGCGAGGGUCUGUGGGAAGUUUUAAUGAUGGCUGUUGUAGCUGGUAGAUCAGGGGCAGUGGGGCAGGAGGCUGAUUUUCUCCUGCACCCGGAGCUGCUGUCCAGGGAUUUCCUGCUGCUGUCACUAGAGCAGAAAAACAUUGCAGUCAAAGAUGCUUUAAAUGACAAAGAGAAGCUGACAGAGAUUUUUGUCCAGCAUGCUAUGCCCCUUCCCCAGAGACCGUUACCCAAGAGCCGAUGGGGUCAACUGAUGGAAAAUAAGAAGGGAGUAAAGAAACUGGAAGAACCACACAAGAAGAGCGCUGAAAAUAUCAGAAAACGGCCCCUUAUCGUGUUUGAUGGGACCUCUACCAGCACAAGUAUAAAGGUGAAAAAGACCGAAAACGGAGACACAGCGCUUCGGCUACAUCAACCAGGCCCAGAAAAAAGCAGCACACCAGUAGGAGCCGUACCCACCAGUCCAGUGCCUCACAGUAAUAGCUCAACUACCAGCAAAGAAACCAAGGUGCCUACAGGAAACCAUGAACAUUCACCUACUGGACCUGGUUCCAAUACAGUAGCAGUGAAAGUAAAAGCCCUGUCACCAGUCAGUGGAAGUGUUGUCAAACUAAAAAGGGCUGCCCCAAAGGAGGAUUCAGAGGCUAUGACUGAUGGGAAGCCUACAGAAGCCAAGAAGAAGAUCCAGCACGUUACAUGGCCAUGAGUCUACAUGAAGAAGAAUAUCUAUCUGACUGACUUUGGGGUAUCACACCCUAAAUAACUGAUAUGGGAAUUUAGGUGCAAAUAUGUUUGAGGACAUUGCCAAUACUUUUCUACCAGUCAAGGACGUGUUAAUGGUGCAUGACCCUGUUUUAGUGUUUCUCACCCAAGACAUUUCCACAAGAACAGAAGCCUCGCCGUCACCUAGGUCACGUCAGUUACUAAUUUAUUGCUGAGGACUGUUAUGCUGAUGGUUCAAGGGGAGAGGAAGGCUAACACUGUCCUACAAGUGAUAGUAGCGUUCUUAGAUCUGGUACUAGACAUGACUGUAUUAUUUUUAUAAUAUUAAAAUGUUUGGAUUGCAAUGGCAUUUGUAUUCCUUGUGAUGCCUCUGUGAGGACACCUCUCUGGAUUCGGGAAGCACUUUUCCAGUCCAUUUUAAAAGGGCACCUAUCUUUGUAACAAACUUCUUGAAAUGUCAUACA